AUAUUACUCACUAAACCAGGUUUUAUAAUAGAAUUAGAGAAUGAUAUGAUAAUAAAAAAUAAAGAUUUAAUAGUUGAAGACAACAAUUCAUUUAUAGAAGAUGAAGAUUUAAUAGUAGGUAGAACAGAAAAAUUAAUGGUAGGUAAAGCAGAAGAAUUAAUGAUAGAUAAAGCAAAAGAAUUGAUUGCAAAAGAAUCAAUAAUAGGAA